GUGCUCUGUUGUUGUCUGCUUGAGAUAAUUUGAGUUGCCUGACGACUUUGCACAUCCAAAUUGACCCAUUACAUCGUCAGUAGUCAGUCGUUAACGCACCACGCUACGGUAAAGACAUUUCACGUAUCCUAUCUUAAUAUAUUUGAAAUAAAUAUGGGUCUCGAUAUUAAAUCAGUCUUGAUAGUCGAUGGAGUUGGUGCAAAUUGCGCUGAAAUUCUCAAUUCGCACAACAUUAAAGUAACUACAAAAGCGAAGAUAACAAAAGAGGAACUCUUAAAGGAAAUCCCCAAUCAUGAAGCCCUGGUUGUCCGUUCUGCGACACAAGUGACGAAAGAAGUUUUAAAUGCGGGGUCUAAGCUGAAGGUCGUAGGCCGAGCGGGAGCAGGAGUCGACAAUAUUGACGUCGAGGCUGCGGGUCAAAAAGGAAUUGGUGUUAUUAACGCUCCAGGUGCGAAUGCCAUGAGUGCAUGCGAGUUGACCUGCGGCUUAACACUGGCUUUGGCUAGACACAUAGUUCCUGCAGCUUCAGCACUGAGGGCUGGUCGUUGGGAGCGCACACAGCACACUGGCACAGAGUUAAAUGGAAAAACAUUAGCGAUUUUAGGACUUGGCAGGGUCGGCCGGGAAGUAGCAGUGCGAAUGAAUGCUUUCGGAAUGAAGACCAUCGGAUUUGACCCAUUCGUGACAGCCGAGCAAUGUGCUCGGUUUAACACCACAAAGAUGGAACUGGACGAGAUUUGGCCGCUUGCAGACUACAUCACACUACACACUCCUCUCAUUGACUCCACGAGAAACUUUAUCAACGCUAGUGUCUUGAGCCGGUGCAAGAAAGGCGUUAAAAUUAUUAAUGUAGGUCGAGGUGGUCUGAUCAAUGAACGUGAUUUCUACGAAGCACUUAAAUCUGGUCAGGUUAGCGGUGCAGCGCUCGACGUAUUCGAACAGGAACCGCCAACGGAUCCUUUGACUUUAGAAAUCAUUCAACAUCCAGCUGUGAUUGCUUCUCCGCAUCUUGGAGCAUCUACAAAAGAAGCUCAGAUUCGCGUGGGGCUUGAGAUCGCCGAGCAACUAGUGAACUUGGUGAAACCCGGAACUUACACUACACCACUGGCUGAAGUUACACGAGUACUUCCAAAAUAAAGCAAGCCAUGAAAGUCAUGUCAUAUUUAUAAAAACCUAUUGUUAUUCUCUUUACUUGUACAAAAAAUAAGUGAAAAAUAGCGCGUACUUUGGUAUUAUAAAAAUUAUAUAUUAUUGUAUCUACGUCAGUUUGUAUGUAAAUUAAGGAAAACAACAGAAUAAAAUAAUAAAUUACAUAAGCAA